AUGCGUAGACUGACUGGAGCUCUUGGGCUGAAUCAGAUGGUUGAUAUGCCAGUAGCAUUGAAGGACUCGAAGUUUCCCCCAAGACUUCCCGUCUUGAUUCUUGAAGAUUGUCCAUCCAGGCGAGGGCAAUUGGAUUCCAUCUUUUGGGGACAAAAUUGGUUUGGAAGUUUUCCAGUUGAGGAAGUGAAGAAUCCUGGCAUGAAGAGACCACAUCCAUGCACUGUACAGGGUUGUGUUCUGGACAACUUAGAGAUGCGAGUGCAAGAACUCCAGAAAGGCAUGCUCAGGAUCCUGUUUGAUGGGAGGAUCCCAUUUCCUCCAUAUCCCUUCUCAACAUUGAUUCACAUGCUAGGCCAUUUAGAUCUCCAUACUCUUCUUCUUAUGAGCUUUGUUUGCUUUAGAAUCUGGUCAGCCUACUGUAUCUACAGGCCCCUCCCAACUGGUUUAUAUUUAUUAUGUGCAAACAGUUUCAUCUUGAAUUGCAGAACUCAUCAUGGUGUUUUGAAUGCAAGGUUUCAUAUUUUUCAUAUUUAAUUCAUAUUUAACAACUUGAAAUUAUAGUCUUUUCUUGAAGCCUAACCUCAACAACGUUUGCAUUCCUCCUCUACAUAACAUCCAAUUUCUCCAAUGCUGAAUAUUUAAUUUGCAUCUGAAAGUGUAGGAUGUCUGUUUUUACUCUUGCAAUUGAACUAAUUGGCUCUUCCUAUUUCUUGGUCAAUUAUGAUGUCAUUCUAAAUCCUGAUUUCAUGUUAUUGCUUGCUGAUGUAUGAAUGUAGCAUGCAUUGUGCCUUUUUUCAUGUAUGAUCUGAUAGAUGCCCAUGGAAUGAAGUAAACUGUUUUUUUUGUUU